AUGACAGCAAAACUGAACAAGCCCUUCCGUGAAGGAUGCCGGACAGAUUGGGACGACAUUCGUUGCUGGGGCAGAGCUGAAGUGGGGCAGGUGGUUAACGUCUCCUGCUCUAAUGUGUCCCAGCUCUUCGCCAACAAUCAUGGUUAUAUUUACCGGAACUGUACUAAAAACGGCUGGAGUGACAUUUACCCGUCCUAUGAAGAUGCAUGUGAAUUUGUUGAAGUGGAUCCCGAGACCACAUAUUAUUCCACCUUCAAGCAGGUGUACACUGCAGGCUACGCUACCUCACUCAUCUCCCUCAUUUCGGCUAUCUUCGUCUUCACAGCCUUUAGGAAGUUCCACUGCACAAGGAAUUAUAUCCACAUCAACCUCUUCUCCUCCUUCAUCGUGAGAGCUAGUGCGGUCUUCAUUAAAGAUGGUGUCCUCUUUACCGAUGAGACCCAGGACCACUGCUUCAUGUCUAGCGCUUCAUGUAAGGCAGCAGUGGCCUUUUUCCAGUUUAGCAUCCUGGCUAACUACUUCUGGCUGCUGGUGGAGGGAAUGUACCUGCAAACUCUGCUGGCUCUCACAUUUGUCUCACAAAAGAAGUAUUUUUGGUGGUACAUUCUUAUAGGCUGGGGUCUUCCAACAACAAUAAUGACCAUUUGGGUUCUGGCCAGAAAUUUCUAUGACAACAGGGGGUGCUGGGACGAUACGGAGGUAGCCUUCAUUUGGUGGAUCAUUAAAGGACCAAUUACAGCAUCUCUUCUGGUAAAUUUCAUCAUCUUCAUCAAUGUGAUCAGAAUACUGGUGCAGAAGCUGAAGUCUCCUGGAGUUGGAGGCAAUGACACCAGCCACUUCACGAGGUUGGCUAAGUCGACUCUGUUUCUGAUCCCGCUGUUUGGAAUGCAUUACAUGGUGUUUGCCUUCCUGCCAGAGAACACAGGGGAGGACGCUCGACUCUACAUUGAGCUCGGACUGGGCUCUUUUCAGGGCUUUGUUGUGGCUCUUUUAUACUGUUUUCUCAAUGGAGAGGUGCAGGCGGAGCUGAAGAAGAGGCUGUGGAAGUGGCAGAUGCAGGGUUACCUGAGCUACAAUAAGAAGAGGCGGACACUGUUCACAGAGAGCAGCACUGUCACUCAGAUUUCUGUUCUGGAAAAAUCCAGCCCAAUGGAGCAGCCUUCCACUGAACUGCAGAACAGUAUCUCAGUAGUCUGAACCAUGCAGAUGCUCUGACUCACCCAUCUUUUCUCUUUCUUCCUCUCCUUGCUUCCUGAUCCAUAUACUAGUUUUGAUACCAACACUGAAAGAAGAGAGUAACUAUCAAUAUCAAUAGUAUUAGUAUUGUUAAUGCUGUUAUUCAUACUAAAGUUGCAUUCUCAGUCAGGGGUUUGAUAAACUAAUAUUGUCACAGCUGUUUAACUCAACAUUUAUACACAGAGAAACAGUGGACCACAAUGGUUUGCAGAAAAGAUCUGCUUUAAAGCCUUUUUUAAUAGUUUGGUUGGCUUAGAAAAAUAGACUACUUAGGGAUUAUUACAGGUUAUAAGAUGUUACUAAAACGCCAGAACAUUAAGUCUCGCACCAUAAACAAGAGAAAGCACAAACCUGCUCAGCACUAUAGAUUUUGUGUUUGUGUUGUGCAAAAUGAAGCCACACCCACUGACUGUGAACUUAUUUACAUUAAAUAGACAAACAUGUUUCUUAUGACACUUCUGCAGUUUUUCUGUACUUAAGCCAGUUCCAUAGAAGAUCAGUUCCACAGGAGCUGAUGCUGAUGAGACGUUUACAUUUUUCAGCUUUUAUGAUUCUGCACUUUUCUUUAGACCUCUGGUCACUUUUUUCCAUCCUCAGCUGACUUGCUCUUUGCUGAUUUGAUAUACACCAGUGUCUUAUUUCCUUAUUCAGCGGAGUUUAAAUAGAUGCUUUUCCUGUGCUCUGUGUUUUGGGUCUGUUUUGAAUGUUGUUUUUUAUUGAACAUUCCUUAUUAAAUCCAGGGCCUUAUUUUCGUGGUCAUAGUGCAAAUGCAAAAAUAAGGUGUAAAAUCACAAAGCUGGCGCUAAGGUGUGGCUCUAACCUACCAUCAAGGCUGUAAAGACGGAGCGAAGGCAUUAUCAAAAGGCGUGGUUAGGCAUGCUGCAGCGAGAGCCAGUCCGUCAGUUAAGCACAGUGAUUCCUAAUUGCAAAAUAGACAGAUUCUAUUAGUUUUACGUACAAAGAAAAAAACUGAUCAGCUUUUAGAUUUCACUGCAAAAAUGUAGUAAUAAAUAUAAGGCUGUUGUUACUUUAAGUAUAUAUAAGGCUGAUGUUACUCUUCUGUCGUCUGUGAGCAUGUGUCGUUCUGUUGCUGAGUAUUCAUGUGUCAGCUCUGGAGAAAACUGAAAAGAGUGCUAACAAAACUGACAAAAAAAUGUAACUAAUAAAGAACAAAAAAAAAUAUGAAAUAAAUGAAAUCAUAUCAAUAGGCUAUAGUUGUUUGUAAAAAAAAAGUAUCAAAGAUUCCAUGAACAGUACAGUGGUUUAAAUGAUUGGUGCAUAAUAUGAAAUUCAGGUGAUACGUGCGAUCAUGUCAUAUUUUAUACACUGUUGUACUACAAAGUUGACCUAUUUUAGAUUAAAUUGAUAUUUUACUCAAAAAAAUGAAGUUUUCAGAAGAGAAAUUUGUUGACUGAAAUAAAUGUUAAUUUACUUAGUAAAGUAAACUCCAAGUGUUACAAUUUACAGUGUAGUGGCUUUUAAUGCGGUUUAGCCAGUCAGAUUAUAGCUUUGUUAGAUAUUCUAUAAGCCACAAUUUAGUUUAUAUUUACUGAUUUCUAUCUAAAUGGGGUGAUACAGUGCAGAGGUUGUCAACCUUGUCUACCUCAAGUCUGAAUGCAUUGUUUAUUUAAGUGUUGUUUUACUCAGAAACCUCAGAAAUGUGUAACAGUGAACACGAAAUAUCACCAGAUUAGGCAAAAAUUAGUCAGCCUGUGGGAAAUCGGGUGGAAUAUUUCUGCAACCCAUUUUCUAAACCAGUCAUGUGUAUGAAAUGUUACGUUUCUUUGUGUCUGUAUGUGAAGUUAGGAAAGUGCUGUUUUGCAUGUGUGUUUGCCAUGUGAGUAGGUUUGAGUAGGUGUUUUUGGACCGAAAUAUGUUUGAAAAAUGGAUUUUGAAUGCUGCACCCCCUAUUGUGACAAUCUGGCCAUAUUGUCGCAGGCGAUCUAAAUUCUGCUAAUAGAUGUACUUGGAUCCAGCCAAUUUAGCAAUAUGCAAGUGCUAUACUGUUGCACCUGUACCACUGUACUGCACUUGCAUUGGCACAAAAAUAAGGCCCUGUGUUUUUAUAGAGUUCUUUCUGACAGUCAGUGCACACGACUCCAAAGAAACAUGCCAAAGGUCAAAUUUUGGUGAAUAUUCAUACCUUUAAUCCUUAACUUCAUCAUAUCAUACAAAUCCUUAUCAUAUCCUUUAAUUUACUUUUUUAUGCUCACUUCAAAUGAGUGGACUGACCACAUGCUAAAACUCCAAGAUAACAAAGCAUGUGAGCAAGAAAUACCCAGAAAUGUAAAGUAACAUUCUGUACUUUUAGCCCAUGUUCAACUUUUUAUCUUCAGCACUUCGCAACUUACAUAUUUAUUGUUCUGUAUGUGAAAUUACAGCUUUCCUUCUGAUGUUUUGUUCAGAAAUGUGCUUAUGGCUUCAGUCUCAUGCCAACUUUACAUAAUUGCCUUAUAAAGAGCUCACUUUUAGUGUAAAAUACUUUACUAAAAUGUAAAUCAUUAUAAAUGCCAUUCAUAAUUUCUGUGUUUGAAUAGCUCAUUCACUUUGAAGUGAAUCUCUUAUGUGAACUGUAAGUAAAUGCAGCAUAUUGCACAGUGCACUGGCCCUGUGUGCACACAUACACUACAGGGCUUCCAAAGUUUUCUCGUCUUAAGUAAUGAUGUUUUCAAACAACUUUUAUUCAUUUGGACAUUCAUUUGGUUUAAUACAAAUUGAUUUACUUAGUUAUUAUCAUAUUUAGUAACACGUUUAUAUAUAAUUAUUAUAUAUGAUUAUGAGAUAAGAAUAUUAACCUGCUUAACCACAAAUUAGAUUAAAAGCAUUUUCAUGUCAAUUUAAAGUGAAUAAUUCUGCUUUGAAAAUGUCUUACUCAAGAAUGCUUUGCAGUGUACGUAUCUGGAGCACUAGACUGUAAAGAUUUUUGUUUUAUAGAAUGAAGCUUUUUGCUUUCAAAAUGUAUUACUGAUACGUGGAUUUGUAAAUAAGAUUAUUACGCUAUGUUUUAACUAUUAGUACAGAUGUGUUGAUCUGUUUAUAUUUUUACCAUGUCUGAAUUAGUGAGUGAAUUAGCACUGGUCUAUUAUUUGGGCUAUUAACUACUAAUCUCUAUGGUUUAUGGUACUAGUGAUUAACAAUAUAAGUAAACAGUUUGUUUCCAUGUUGUGUAUAAAGCAUUUUAUUUACUCUUGUUGACACAUUUUAGAAGUGAACCUAGUCAAGAUAUGUAUGUAAAUAUGAAUUCUGGGUGUUCGUAUAAUAUCAAGAUUUUUUUUCUUGUUUGUUUUAAUUGAAUGUUUUGAGUAACUAAAUAUUGUUACUUGCUUUCAGCUUAUAAUGAACGAGUAAUGCACAAAAUCAAUGGAAGACAAAAGGAAAUUCAGUCAUCUUCAAGCAUAAAAGCCAGUAAAACAGAACAUAACCUGACAACUGUGUUUAAUAUUAAGAUAUAGUGCUGUACAAAAAUCAGAGAUCAUCCUUCAUUUCCAUUUUAUUUCCAGUUAAAGGUGCCAUCAAGUACAAGUUAUUUAUUUUUGGAGAUAUUUCAAAGGAAAUUAGAUACAAGAUUUCCACUCUUGCUUCAGAUCUGAAAAAUCUACUGGUGUUUCUGUCCAUCCUUCCACUGUGAGAAGACAACUCAACAC